GCAGGCGCCCCCCGAUCAAUUUCUCAAGGUGUUCUCUGCAAAGCUGAAGAUGGCGACAGACUGAAAGAGGGGCUCACAGCAGGGAGAUCAGGAUGGUCAGGAGCGGAUUCAGCCUUUUGCAUCAGAAGCGGAAGAAAAAAUAAACUCAAGCGGCGGUGGCGGCGGCGGAGGAGGCAGCGGGGAGGAUGAACAUGGCCAGAGCGCGUUUCUGGAAGGGUUCCGCGUUUCCCGAGAGCAGCCGAGGGGGGUGUUGAGGAGGCUACAUGGGAUUCUGCGGCAUCCUGAAAAUAUGGGUGUAUAGGGAUGAUUUCGUUGGGAUUUGUUUCACCGUUACAAUGGCUCAUCCUGAAAUUUAGACGCAGAGGAGGGCAAAGGGGAUCGAUUUGCAAUUUCCAGACGCCAGAGAUGCUGCCCGGUACCAUGCUGCGAAGGAGGUAGGUGACAUUGUUUUGGGGGAAAAACAGGAGAGGAGAACAAACCCGCUGGAGACCGCUUUCGUCUCCCCCCCUAAAAUAUGAUCAGGGGUGCUUGGAUGUACCGAAGGAAAGAUGAUACCGUGUUAAAAAUUUGUUGUGCACCCAAACAAAGCGACAAACCCUGCGCCGAUUCCGAGAGGGCACAGAAAUGGCGAAUGUCUCUGGCAUCGCUCUUAUUUUUCACUGUCCUCCUGUCUGACCACCUCUGGCUGUGCGCUGGAGCCAAGCUGAGGUCCAAGGACCGGGGCUUUGGGAACGCCAUGAGCAAUGCGAUGCGGCCCGAGCUAGCGCAUCUCUCUCCCAGCAAUCCGACCAAAUCCGCGGCUCCAGGUCCUCAUUGCACUGAUGCUCAAGAGCUGGAGCCAGCCUGCACCAAACUGCAUCUGCAGCCUCCGGCCUGGGGCUCUCAGUUCCCCUCGUCAUCAUCCGAAAUCCUGCUGGCUUACUUUAGGAACCUCAGCCUUUCCUUCUGCGAUCGCUACACCAUCUCCGACCUGCUGGCGGGGAUGUCCCGGCCGGAAAGUGUGGAUUGCAGCCUCGAGAACCUGCUGUGGGACCUGAGCAGCUGCGGGGAGGUGUGCAGCCAGUGCGUGCAGGCGUACAUGAGGCUGGACCAACAUGCUCAGGAAAAAUAUGAGGAGUUCGAGCUCCUCUUUCUCAAGUACUUGCAGUCCGAGGGAUAUUCGGUGCGCUCCUCCAUGGACGCCUGCAAGAAGGUGUACAAGGCCUGGCUCUGUUCGGAAUAUUUCAAUGUUACUCAGAGUCGGUGCCUCCACAGAAUUCCCUGCAAGCAAUACUGUCUGGAAGUCCAGACCAGCUGUCCGUUUGUGUUACCAGACAAUGAUGAUCUUGUUUAUGGUGGAUUAUCAAGUUUCAUCUGCACAGGGCUACUCGAAAACCACUUAACCAAUGCAGAAGCAGAAUGUUGUGAUGUUAGAUGGGGCGCGUGUGAUCCACCACUGGACGGUGUCUUCAACUCGUCUACCAAAUUCAUGGACUCCACCACAUGCCACCAUCCGUCUUCUCUACCUGUGUCAGCCGCCUCACGGUUGUGUCACAGCAGACUCAAACUUUGUGUGCUAGUCUUGAUUCUUUUGCACACAGUUGUCACUUUUUCUACGGUCCAGAACAAUGGUGGGGUCAGCCUGGAGGCGCUCACUGCGCUGGAAGACAGCUCUACAAGAGAAGAGUGAAGCUCCCAUAAGAGGAGAAAGCAUUAAUCUUCAAAUGAAUGCACCUGCCGGCCCUUAAUUGAGAGCAGGAUGUGCAGGUCAGAGGUCACGGUCAAAGUUAGGUGAAAGAAGACAAUAAGUCUUCAGUCCAGCAUGCUGCACCCUCCAGGUUUCUCCUUCUAGAAGGCUGUAGCUGGCUGUUUGGACAGGGUUUGAUAUCACGUGGCCUUCAGUUGUCUCCCACAGCAUAGUGCAAGCAAGAAACUGGGGUAGAGGUUGUCUGCAAGCUUAGCAAGAUGUGACAAUUUGGAUUUGUCUUUAAGUAUGUUUUUUACAGCUCUAGAAUGUCAGUUACUGUGCAGGUGAGAUCCAAUGUUCUAAGUGCCCACUGCUCUUAGUGCCCUUCAAAUCUGAAUGUCCUGCUCCCAUGAGUGUCCAGCUGCUCUCAGUACCCCACUUCUUUAAGUGCCCUAUACCCUUCCUUCUCUGACUCUGCUUCAUUCAGUGCCCCUUAAGUGCCCUGUGACUCUGCUUUUGUGAAUAUUCCAUGCCUCUGCUCCUCCAUUUGUCCAAUCAGCAUGAAACUCUUAGUGCACCCUGUUACUGCUCCUGUAAAUAUCCAGUGACUCUGUUCCACUAAAAACAGUAUCCUGUGUCUGUGCUUUUUACAGGUAUCCAUGUUGUGCUUCUACCCUUGUGCCCUUAUCAUUUUGAGUGUCUUGUGCCCUUAUUGCUCUGAACAUCUUAUAACCCUGUCCUUAGCAGGGCCCAUGUCCAGGUAUUUUUAAUCACUUAUGAUCCUGAUCCUCCUGGAGUGCCAUACAUCUUUCUAGCCAGUGCUAUGAGCCCCUGAUCCUCUGUGCAGUACAUCUCACCACCAUCUCUUGCAUCGUGAUUCUAUGCAGAAGACAUUAUUACUUCAAGGGGUGAUCCUCCUCAGUUACCAGUACCCUCCACUUGGUAUAAAUGGUUUUCCAUUUCUCAUCUAGAAACAAAAUGACUGGUUGAUUAUUAACAGAAUUGGCCAACAGGGUGCAGAGGCAUUGUUUGUUAAAGGCAGAGUCACUCUGUCCAUUCUGCUGUUGCUCUUAAACUACAAAGCAAAUGUGCAAAUUGUUGAAAGGGGACAGUGAAUGUGAAGUUUAUCUGUUUGUUAGGCUUCAUAGUGCAAGGCACCAUAUAUAGGGUGGUCCAGAUCUAAUUAUGCAAUUUUCAUUAUGCUAUAACUUAUUAAGUUUAUUACAUAGAAAGC